UGAGUGAAGAGCGCGCCGCACGCGGCCACAGAUGAUCGUUGGGAGCUAGCACUGGCACGGUUGGUCAAUAUUUUUGCAUCGAUUUCACGCGACGAUCGAAUUUCCAUCGAUGCUGCGCUGCUGCGCGUUGAUAGCUGCUGGCACUGCAGAGGCACUCACAACACUGACGGCCCGUCGGCGCAUCCGUGCGACGGCAAGGCGUCGCAUAGCGCUCUCCGCCGCGAAGGACGACGGCGCGACCCUGCCCGGCGCGACCUAUGAGGUACUCCACGAGGACGACGACAUCCUCGUCGUCGACAAGGGCGCGGGCCUGCUGUUCGUCCCGGGCCGGCAGCCGCACAAGCAUGACUCCCUCAUUUCGCGCGUCCGUAGCACCCGCGGCGACGCGGUCGGGGUGGCGCACCGACUCGACCGGGACACGUCUGGCAUCUGCGUCCUGGCGAAAACGAAGGCCGCCCUCCGAGCCCUGAGCAUACAAUUUCAGGACCGGCAGGUCAACAAGACCUACGUCGGCGCGGUGGCCGGCGUGCCCGCGGCCGAAGGCGUGAUCGACGGCGCGAUCGGCAAGAUACUAACCCCCGAGGGCUACAACCGCGUCGCCCUCCUGAGCGAAGCCGAGGGCGGGCGGGCCGCGACGACGGCCUACCGCGUGCUGGAAACGGCAGAGCAUUCCGCGUUGCUCGAGCUCGCGCCCAGGACCGGAAGGGCGCACCAGCUCCGCGUCCACCUCGCGUCGAUCGGCCACCCUUUGCUCGGCGACGCGCUCCACGGCGGCGCGGCGCACGAGCGCCUCUGCCUGCACAGUGCGCGGCUCGCCUUCGCGCACCCCGCCACGAAGCGUCCGGUGGCGUUCGCGAGCGAUGCGCCGUUCGACGCGACGGGCGGCCCUCCGCCGAGGUGA